GUUUAUGGUUUCGGAUUUGGUUGGAUUUAAUUCUUACGCGCGUGUGCCCUCCGUCCGGCUACCUGCUCACGACACUUUCGCCGGCUUGCCGGGUCCAAGCAAGGUGAUCAUUCUCACUCCUGAGACCAUCAAAUGAGCGGCGUAUACAACCAGUGCAACUUGCAAGGGUGUACGUGUGGGUAUGGAAGGGGGCUUGCCUGAUGCAGCAACCAACCUGGUCGAUGACUACCUGGAGCGCAGCUGGCGACAGCACCUUGCCCGCUACAGGAGGCGCUUCCGGAGGUUCUUCGAGCCCUUUGGUCUGCGGGGAACCCUGCAAAACGUUGGGACCCUUGGAGAAGGUGACAGUCCCGAAGAGGAUGACCGCAGUCGCUGCCGCAGGUGCUGGGAUUUUGCAAAGACCCUCCGCCUUGAAGCAUUCUUCUUUCUCUACACCCUGGCCUAUACGAUACAGUGCGCGACAGCAGCCAACCUGGUGGAACUGAAGGCGUGCUACCAAGUACUCAACAAGAGCAGGGAAGUCUGCGAGAACUUGGCCGAUCAUACAAGGGAGGACGUUCGCAAUGUGGCGUCGCUUUACGUCAUGUACCAGUCGCUGGUGGGCUUCUUACCAGGCGCUCUGGUCACCUUGGUGGUGGCCAGCUGGUGUGACGAGGCUGGCCGGUUCAAGGUGCCUCUGUGCAUCGCCCUCUUUGGCCACAUGGCAAAGGUGUCCGGUGAGCUGGUCACCGCAGUCUACGUGGAUGCUCCCCUCUUGUACAACUUGCUCUGUGCUAUUCCGGAAGGUCUUCUCGGGGGGCUUCCAGCAGUACUCAUGGCCUCAUAUACCCUCACCGCCUCGGGGUCCUCCAGGAAGCAGCGAACUGUGCGUUUCUUCACGCUCCAGAUUGCCUUCGUGUUGGGCUUGCCUACUGGACAGCUGAUAAGUGCUCUGGUGUUCCUCAAGUCUGGCUUCGUGCCCCUCAUGGCCUCCUCUCUUGGGCUCUUUACCCUGUCCUGCGCUUGGGCCUCACUUCUGGUGCAGGAUGUUCCAGCACACCCCGAGCGGGCCGAGGACCCCCGGCCGCCCUCCAACCCCCCUGCACUGAGGCCACAACCCCUCCGGUCGCUGCGGCACCUCUUCAGCGUGCGGCACCUCCUGGGCAGCGUGCGUACCGUCGUGGGAAGGAAGCUGGACGUGGACCGGUGGCGAGUGCCGCUGCUGGUGCUCUCGGUCUUCCUGCUGGUGCUCAACAGCCAGACGUCCUUUAUGGGCUACUUCUACGCCAAGGGCAAGUUCAACUGGACCUUUUCCACUUACGUCAUUGUGACGUCUGCUUUCUCGCUGGCCAGCGUCCUGGUUCUGGUGCCCGUACUCGUGUGCUUUGUCCGCUGGCUACCCAACCAGGAGUAUGGCCUGGCUGUGCUGGGGAUCCUUGGGGUCGGGGCCAAGAACAUCCUGCAGGCAUCCUCUGGUUCGGCCGGCAGCCCCCUCUUCUUCCUUGGCUACGGCUUCGGCAUGCUGAGCAACAUUGCCCCGGCCUGCGUGCGGGCCCACGUGUCGCGGCUGCUUCCGGAAGUGGAAUACGGUCGCCUGUUCUCGGUGAUGGCCGCCUGCGAGGCGCUGGCCCCCCUGUUGGGGAGGGUGAUCUUUCAGCGCCUCUUUGGGGUCUCUCGGGGUUUCUUUGGGGGCCUCUCCUUCAUUGUGGGACUGCUGUUUCUGUUGCUGCCACUCGGGACGCUGUUGUACUUUUGGCGCAAGCGAAGCAACGAGUAUACUGUACUUGCAGAGGAUGCAACGCUUGCCAAUCAGUCUGUCGGAGCGUAGGUGCUAGUGCCUCUCUGUUCUCCAAACUGUUUGUUGGGUCAUUUAUUUAUUCAAUUUUUUUGUGCUCAGGUUCACAUUUUUUUUAUCCCUUUCUACUGAUUUGUGCACCAGAGAGCUCACCCUUCCCCAUUUUGUUGCAUUUCACCAUAAUGUGAAAAGUUUUGCCACAUUGCUUUAUAUAUCUUUUUUUUUUUUUUAAGAAUGAAACUAUUUAUAUUUUACCACACCGCUGGAUAUUCAGGUAGACGUGUGCGAAUUGUUUUAGACAAUCAUUUGUCAAUUCAAAUAAAGCACUAUUCAAAUUCAUACUCUAGGGUUUACAAUAUAUUUUAUUCUUCGAGGUCUCUUUUUUUUUUGAUGGAUUAGUUAGCACCUUUGAGGGUACUCCUCGUGGCACUCAGGUGCGCUGUGGAGGUGCGUCACCUGCAAAGUGAACACUGCAAUUUUCACAAUCCAUGCUGCAUUCACAAUGCAUAGAAAGCUUCACAUCAAACACUCCUCUCUCGUCAUGUGUGCUUCUAACUUUGUCGUCCCCUCUCUUCAUGUCAUCGGUAGUCGUGAUCCAUGCCUCUAACCUCUUGAUAGGGGCACCAGUCUGACUGUCGGCCUGACUUCGCUCUCUUUGUCAAUGUUUUUAAGUUGGAAAUCCAGUGAAAUUUUGGAGGUCAUUGAUUUUAAUCCAAUUAAAAAGUCAAAGUAAUAUUUCUUGAGAAGAUAUUGAAGCUUUAUAUUGGGUACGUAUUCAUCUUUACUGGCAACACUAAAAAAGUAAGGGUAGAUGUGGGUUCAGGUUCACUAUUUUGGCAAUAGCACUACUUGUUCACAAGUGAUUAUAAAAAGUUUGAUGGUGUGCAGUGAAUGCUGUGGAACCCCUCUCCGGGAGCACAAAACACUGCACAUAUUGCAUUUCUUAUGACUACCUGCACACCCUGCAAAUUUUACAGCAAAACUUCAUGCCACAAGGAAGCACGGGGAUAUUUUAAUGCUUGUGUUGGCAUUGCUUACCAUUUCCUUAAGUCUUAAUCUGAUUUUUAGGCACGUGGAAAUAGUGGAUUUUGAGAAGCAAAUAUUGGUUUUGUACGAAUAUUUUCGAAUCUAAUAUUGAUUAGUUUCUCCGUGCUUAAUGGGGUACGGAAACGAAAUUUCGUGGCCGCAACUCUACCUCUCUCCAAAAUUGGCCAGCGAGGAGUGCAAAGCGUAUCACUCCCGUGACGUCAGCUUGAGGGAAUCAGUAAGAAAGAACCGUUGGUACCCAGCAAUGGCAACACCUGCAAGCUAUUUAUGGAAGUACAGUGUAAUGGAAGGUAUUCACUGGGUGCCAUAGUUGAGCGCAUUGGAGCGCAUCCCCAAAGGGGAAAGAGGUGUCGCGAACCGGUGGAGGUUCGAGUUCGACUCAGGUUCGACUGCUAUGCACAUGCGCGACAGGCUGGCCAGUUGGCUUCGGAUUGGGUGGUGAUGGCUAAGGCAGAACUAAUUAGUUAUUUCAGUUAAUACAGUACAAAAAUUAAAUAAUUAAGUUUUUUUAGUGAUUAGAAUUAGUUUCUUUUAAUCGCAACUGUUCAUAACAUUAAAAUAACCUUUCGCAUAAAAAAAAAAUAAA